AUGAGUGCCCAUGACUUUAAAGCUGAUGAUGACAAUGUAAAUUUCAACUUGGAUCUUCUGAAGGUUGGAGAUGGAGUUGGUGGAGGUGGUGUUUCUCUUGCUGGUACAUGGUGGGACAAAAAGGCAUUGUCUAUUGCAGAAGAGGUCUCGAUUAGAUUUCUUUUCUUUCUCCUAGCAUGGGCCGAUAUUCGAGCAUUUUUCUUCCGAAUAUCAAAGCACGCUUUGGAUGAAGUCGAGCUUCUUUGGAGCUGUACCCGAGUAAACAUAUCAUUGGAGGUGUCAUCUCCUGGAGUCGAAAGAGUUGUUCGAAUUCCUGAAGAUCUCGACCGCUUCAAAGACCGUCCCAUGUAUGUGAAGUACACUACUGACGGUGAUCAAGAAUCUGAUGGUAUCUUCAGGCUCAUCUCAUUUGAUCUAGACUUGUGCAAUUGCACUUGGGGAAUUGCAGAUGUGAAGAAGAACAGACAUCAAGCAGGCAAAGGUAGACCUUUAAACAAUAAACAAAGAGAAUGGAGGCUACAAACUUCUUUUGAUUCGUUGCGCAUUGUUCGAUUACAUUCGAGUCAUUAA